GUCAGUUGUCAGUGUAUAUUAAAUAAAUACACAAUAUAAUUUUUGAUCAAACCUAUGGAUUUUUGUUGAGCUAUACAUAUUCUUGUUUGAUAAUUUUAAAUAACUUAAGUUGUGAAGUCCAAACUUUGUAUUAAAGUAAAAUGACGAGACAUGCUAGAAAUUGUACAGCAGGUGCAGUAUAUACAUAUCACGAAAAAAAGAAAGAUGCUGCAGCUUCGGGCUAUGGAACGCAGAGUGAACGAGUUGGAAAGGAUUCAGUAAAGAGCUUUGAUUGCUGUAGUCUCACAUUGCAGCCUUGUAGAAAUCCAGUCAUUACAAAAGACGGAUUUUUAUUUGACAAAGAAGCUAUCCUGGAAUACAUAAUUACAAAGAAAACUGAAUACACACGCAAGUUAAAAAACUAUGAAAAGCAAUUAAAAAAGGAAGAUGAAGAAAAAAAGGAACUGGCAGAAGCCGAAAGAGAAGCAAAUUUAAUAAAAUUUAUGAAUAGAGAAAAAAACAUUACAAAUGGAACAAAAUCAGAUGCAUCUCAUCAAUCAAGCUCUAUAUCGAACCUUGCUAAUGGAAAACAUAAACACUUGCCUAGUUUUUGGAUACCCUCACAGUUACCAGAUGCUAAAAUUUCUAAAUUACAAAAACCAGAUCCUACGGUUUAUUGUCCUCUAAGUAGUAAACCUUUAAAAAUGAAGGAUCUUAUUGAAGUUAAGUGGACCUUAGUAAAGGAUCCAGACGACAAAAAAUCUUUGAUAGCAAAAGAGAACAGGUACAUGUGUCCAAUCACUCAUGAUAUACUGAGUAAUGCUGUGCCAUGUGCUGUAAUCAGAACUACAGGUCAUGUUGUUACCAUGGAGUGUGUUGAGAAAAUUAUAAAGAAAGAUUGGCUCCACCCACUCACAGGUGAUAAAUUGAAGGAAAAAGAUAUUAUUCCACUGCAAAGAGGAGGUACAGGCUAUGCACUAACCAAUGACAAUCUUGAGGCAAAGAAUGAAAGGCCUGUAUUACAGGCUUAAAGUUUUAUGAUGCAAGUAAAUUUUGUAUUGUCUACUGUCUUCAAAAUCUUAGAUUCUUUUUAAUAAAGAUUUUAGAUGUUAGUAAGAACAGUUUGUUUAAACAAAGAUACAUACUCUAUUAUAUUAUUAAAACAUCAUUUAUAAAGAUAAUCUAAAUUGCAAUGAUCAUUGAUUCACAUAGAAAGUUAAUAUGUGUGUAAUACUUCUAAUACAAAUACUGUUUUUGUUAAAUCCACUCUGAUUUGAUGUAUUACAGUAUAAAAUGCAUGUAGCUAUAGCGACUGGAUGUAAAGCCACAUUUGGUAAUAGCAACUGUCAAUCAGUUUCAAUUAAUCAUUUGUAACAAAUUCCAAUAAAUCCCAUGCAAAUGAUAAAAUAUGUAAGAACAUAGUUAAUGACAUUCUUAGUUAUCAAACAAACACAGAUGGUCAACAAAUGUGUAGACCUAUACCUUUUUUUACAGCUAUUAGCUAAGUAGACAAGUAAUCAUUUAUAUGAGUUAAAUUUAUGGUUCAAGUGCAAAGUGAUAUUCUGAAUAAAAACUGUGUUUCUACUCGCUA